UUUCAACCCCAUCAUGUGCAUGGAUCUGUCUGUCGUUUCGCAUCAUGAAUACCCAAGAAGGACGUCCUUUAACAUGAGGCUGGUUUCAUCGCUGGUUCUGGCCUGUCUGGUGUGUAUGGUUUAUUCUGCGGGGAUACCGAAAGCUGAAAAAGAACCAACUUUCUGGAAAAAUUCAGCCAGGGAGGCCAUUAAAAAGUCCGUGGAGACCAAACCAAUCGUGGCAGUUGCCAAGAAUGUGAUCCUGUUUCUUGGCGAUGGAAUGGGGAUACAGACUGUGACAGCGGCCCGUAUUCUGGCCGGACAGAUGAAGAACAACACUGGGGAGGAGGGCAUGCUCAGCUUUGACAACUUCCAGCAUGUCGGACUUUCCAAGACUUACAAUGUGGACCACCAGACACCCGACUCAGCCGGCACGGGUACAGCCUACCUGUGUGGAGUCAAGACCAACAUGGGGAUCAUUGGCAUGGACGCAGGUGUCCUCCUUGGGCAAUGUGACAACUCCACAGGCAGGGAAGCGACCUCCAUCCUCAGGUGGUCUCACGAGGCAGGCAAGUCCACCGGGGUGGUGACAACUACCCGCAUCACUCACGCCACGCCAGCCGCCUCCUAUGCUCACAGCCCCCAUCGUGACUGGGAGGGCAGUGUACCCAGCACCCAGGGUCCGUGCACAGACAUCGGGCUGCAACUGGUCAAGAACAACAGCUACAUCAAUGUGAUCAUGGGUGGAGGCCGACGGAGCCUUCUUCCGAACAACUUCACCGACCCAGAAGCAGGAUGGAUUGUAAGUGGAAGAAAAGACAACAGGAACCUCAUUCAGGAAUGGAUCGACCAGAAAACCGCAGAGAAUGCAAAAUUUCAAUAUGUCUGGAACCUAACGAGCUUCGAGGCUGUCAACCCUGACACUACCGACUACCUGAUGGGUCUGUUUGAGCCCAACCACAUGCAAUAUGAAGCAGAGCGACUGAAGGACAAAGCCGGCGAACCAAGCCUGGCCCAGAUGACCAAGAAAGCCAUCCAAAUCCUCAGCAAAAAUCCCAAAGGCUUCUUCCUGCUCGUUGAAGGAGGACGCAUUGACCACGCCCACCACGAGGGCAACGCCGCCAACGCCCUGCACGACGUGGCCUUCUCCGAGGCCGUGCAGACGGCACGAGACAUGCUUGACGAGUCCAACACCCUCAUCGUCACCACAGCCGACCAUUCGCAUGUCUUCGCAUUCGCAGGCUACCCCGAACGAGGCAACAACAUCCUUGGUUUGGUGAAAACUGACGGCCUCUCUCUGGCCAAGGACAACAAAACCUACACUACCCUCGUCUAUGGAAACGGACCUGGCUACUUGGAAGGGCCGCGCCCGAACCUCACCCAAGAGGAUGCCACGAACCUGCUAUACAAGCAGCAGUCUGCGGUGCCCAUCUCCUCGGAGACGCACGGCGGGGAGGACGUGGCCAUCUACGCUCACGGCGCCAUGGCGCACCUGUUCCACGGUGUGCACGAGCAGCACUACAUCCCCCACGUCAUGGCCUACGCCUCUUGCGUCGGCGACUACGCAGACGACAACGACUGCGCUGCUUCUCUGCUGACGCCUUCAACACCUUCAACACCCACCACUUCCGGCGUCAGCUCAUCGGCAGUUUCUCUGCUUGUGAUUCUUGGACAAACCUUGGCCACAGUGAUUUUAAAAUAUUUAUGUUAAAUGUUAUCAUCUUCAAAUUAAUUUUACGUUAGUAGCGUUAUAUUAUUAGAUUUGAUAUAUUAUGGGCCCAGAAUUUUAUUUUAUUGCACAUUUUUUCCCGGUAGAAAAAUUAAGUAACAAAUUUUUUACUCUUAGUUUGCAUGUUUAACUGUUUAGUAAAUGGGAAAAAAUAUUUGUGCGAUCAUCGCAUUGUCUUGAUUUAAUCAUGCAAUAAACCAUUGUCGCAAAAA